AUGGCAGCAAUGUUGCCACCACCAGUCCCAGCUUCGAACGAAACAAGCUCAUCGAGCUCAAGUCGCAAACGCAACCGAAGUGAUAUCGACAGUGCGAAUGAAUCUAGCACAUCGUCGACUUCACUCUUUUCGAGGAGGACGAAACAAAAAAUUGUUGAGCGCAAUAAUGGCGGGAGAUGCUGGCAUUGUGGCGGUGGUGCGCCAGACAUUGCUCACGUUAUAAGUAAAAAAGACGGCUCGUUUAGCAAAUAUGUAGCAUGGGGCCUUCUGACAUUCGAUCAUCUGGGAGACGAGCAAAAUGGCCUUCCUCUCUGCCCUUCGUGCCAUCGAGCAUUCGACGAUAUCAAUAAUCCCGGCUUGAUAUUUAUUCCUACCCAUCUAGAGUAUUUUAUCGAUUUCGAGCUUAAGGAUUACAACAACAGACUUGAUGUCGCGAGACGACUGAGCCAUGUUCCUCCGCGAAUCGUCCCAACGCCGCAGAUGUAUGCUGAUUAUCUACAAGGACGGCAAAUCCUGUCGCCCGAGACAAAAGGAGGAAGUUACUGGCGUUACACCUUAAGGGACUUUUUCCCCGUAAAUGCAGACAAGAGCUUUAUCCCAGGACUGGGUCCAUUCAAAGAGCCAGGAUCGUGGUGUGGUGCGCCCAUGGCAGCGCUGAGACGUGCUUUCCAAGUCAUCAGUGACCCUACCAUAGAAGGAAUCCCGGAAGAUCAACUCGAGCAGCUGUGGCAGCUGCGCAGGUUGUAUGCCAGAAAGGAUCCCCAAAUCCAUCUGGUUGAAUCUCAUACAGCCGAGCAAAAUGCAGCACGAAUGAUAACAUCAAGCGGUGAAGCUGCUGCUCAAGUACCAACCUCCUCAACAGCAACUUCUGCACCAGCACAAUUCAUAACAGAUUCCUUUGUUGAUGAUCGCGGUCGAAGAAAUAAUCUCGUUACGUCUGGAGCUAGUUCCCAGAGGAUGAUAUCCACAAAAUCAACAAUCACGUCUAUGAUAUUUUGCGAGGCGAAGUCCCCGCAAUUGCGAAAGUUUGGGAGGGGGGCGUCCACCGAGAUCAAUAUUCAGCGAUAUCUGACCAUGCUGAAGUCCUAG